CAUCAACUAAGUUUUCUGGGGAACGGUCUUCCCUGGUCAAUCUGGGGAUGAGCACGAGAUCACUGGAACUUGGGACCAGACUCUUUGGGACAUGUAAAUGUCAGCCCAUGGAAUUUGUGGCUUGGUCUACGACUCCGACAAGAGCUUGUCUACGGGAGAUCCAAUGAAGAGGCAACUUGUAGUAUAAAGCUGCUACAUCUCGCCAAUGCUACCGAGUUUCUGGGACAGUUGAUCGACAUCGACUGACAGGGUCACUUCUUCUACAAGGCUGCUUCUCUUCUCUCGAGUCACCAUGACCACCAAUACUCCUUCCACUCGCCCGGCUCAUACCGUGGCCGAGAUUCUCGCCCAAGACAAAAGUUCUGCCUUUGCCUUAACCCCGUCACUCAUCCAUCUCUACGCCAUCCUCGCUCCAGCAUGCCUCGUCGUCUGCGCAACCAAUGGCUAUGAUGGAAGUGUUCUUACAUCUCUUCAAGGUGUAUCCGCAUGGAACAACCAGUUCGGUUCCCCCAAGGGCGCUCUUCUCGGUAUCACCAGCGCUUCGUAUCCACUCGGUGCAAUCAUCUCGACUCCUUUCUCGGCUUACAUCUCGGAUCGCUUCGGCCGUCGACUUUCUAUCAUUAUUGGAAGCUUUAUAAUGAUCAUCGGAGUCGUCGUUCAAUGCGCCAGCACGAAUAUCGAAACGUUCAUCGGUGGACGUAUAAUCGUUGGCUUCGGUAUCACACUCGCUCUCGCCGCUGCCCCGGUCCUCAUCUCCGAGCUCGCCCAUCCUCGACAUCGAGUCUUCUUCGGUUCUCUAUACAAUACCAGCUUCUAUCUUGGUGCUCUUUUGGCAGGUUGGGUGGCUUUCGGGAGUUAUCGUAUUCCUAGCGCUUGGGCAUGGCGUCUUCCAACUCUUCUCCAAGCUGGCCCAGCCUGUAUCCAAGUAUGCUUUGUCUUUUUCUUGGACGAAUCUCCGCGAUGGCUAGCAUAUAAAGACCGAGGGGACGAGGCGUAUAAGGUGUUGGUAAAGAAUCAUGGUGAUGGUGACUGGGAUAGUCCCCUUGUGCAGGCCGAGUUCUGGGAGAUGAACGAAACUCUGAAAGCUGAGCGUGAGAUCGAGGGCCAGGGUCUCGGGCUUUUUCUUGCCACGCCCGCCAACAGAAAGCGACUCGCUAUCUUGAUCACACUGGCAGUCUUUGGUCAAUGGUCGGGCAAUGGUCUCGUAUCGUACUACCUAACCAAGAUUUUGUCAAGCAUUGGCAUUGCAACCCAGAGGGAACAGACUAUGCUCAACGGAACCAUCAGUACUGUCAACUAUGCAACCGCUCUCUUCGCCGCUGUCUUGUCCACCAAAGUCGGCCGGCGUUCCAUGUUUGUUGGAGGUGGUAUUGCAAUGUUCCUCACUUUCUCAGCACUUACCGCCAGUAUUGCGAUAUACAAUGAGACCGGUUCAAAGGCAGCAAGCAAAUCCGCGCUUGCUUUUAUCUUCAUUUACUACACCUCCUUCAACAUCUGCCUGAACCCACUGCUGUUCUUGUAUCCCACCGAGAUUCUUCCUUUCAGACUUCGAGCCAUGGGUCUCAGUAUCUUGGUCUUCUCUACAAAAGCAGCUUCGUUCUUCAAUCAAUUCGUCAAUCCUGUUGGUAUGGACUCUUUGGGCUGGAAGUACUAUCUUGUUUAUGUUGCUUGGCUCUUGGUUGAGAUUCUUGUCUUCUGGUGGCUUUACCCCGAGACGAAGGGUUACACGCUUGAGAGGAUUCAGGAAGCGUUUGGAGAAGACUUUAAGUUGGAUGGACCGGAAGAGAAGGGUAAGACGAUGGAUGUAAAUGAUGAGGACAGCACCCAUAUUGAGAAGGUGGCACAUUCUACGGUUGCUGUUGCGUGAUGGGCUGUAAGAAGAAGUUGUGAAAGGGCGGCCUGGGAUGGGUGACACAGAUAGCGCGUGUAGUGAGUUAUUCAGGGCAGAUUCCCCAAAAGCACAGUUCUGUUUCACUUGGCUGCCCAAACCAGAG